AUGCACAAGAGCAUAUUGCUGACCACGCCGGACGGUGCGCAAACGAACCUGCACCAAAGCAAGCCGGAGACGCCCACCACCGUGGAGUUCGACUCGGAACAGCUCGAAAGGGGCCACAGGGAGAGAGGCCGUAGCAAGAAGAAGAGAGGCGAGCGAAACGACCCAUACGCAAGCAGCGUGUCGCGGUCCAGGAGCAGGGCCAGCUCCCGCAGCAGGGUGCGGGAGGAGCAGUUCCUCAAAUGGACGGUGUUGAGGCAGGACCCGUCGAUGCGGUUGCGGGUCCUGGACCGGGACCGGGACUCUGAAGACGAAGAAGAAGAAGGUGAUGAUAACGACGACGACGGCGACGGCGACGGCGACCUCGACGACGAGGAGUCCGACGAGGAGCAGGUCAGCGACGUCGACAACGACCUCGAGAUCGACGAGGAGUUCCACUACGACCUGGGCAUGAAAGUGCUCCCCAACUUCUGCACCAGCAUCAACGACGUGCUGGACUCCAGCAAGCCGUGGAUAGCCAAGUACGAGAUCAGCAUCCGCGGCCACGAGGACGACGGCGUGUCGCUGGAGCGACUCGCCGGCGGGUACGUCAGGGCCAUGCAGCUGCUCACCAAGGGCGCCGGCGCAGAGCCCGGCGCCCAGCGCUGCUUCAUCCUCUACACAGACCUCACCACCGAGUCCACCUACGCCCUCACCUACCUCAUGGGCGCCGUGCUCAACCAGGGCGACACCCUCUACAUCCUCCACUGGGAACCCUCCACCCCGACAGACGACUCCCAAAUGCUCGCCAACGUCGCCAGAAUCCGCAAACACGUCAUGCACCUGUUCGACUGCGUCGCAGCCGUCCUCGACGACCUCGACGUCGUCAUCCUCUCCCUGACUCACCCGUACCCGAAACACCUGCUCAACGAGAUGAUCCACGGCCUCAAACCAGUCGCCCUGUGUUGCUCCCUCUCCGUCAUCCUGGGCACCUUGCAGAACUUCGUCUGCUCCGUCCCCACCCUCGCCGUCAGAAAGAAACUCAAGCGUGCCAAGCGCAAGGGCAUCUUCGAGUGA